AUGAUAAGGACACAUGACGCGACGGGCUCAGGCACAAUCACCUUCCCAGAGUUCCAGGCGCUGCAUAAGUUCCUAUCCACCAUGCAGGAAAACUUCAACUUUUUUGAUGCAGACAGGAAUGGACAUUUGACAUUCGAUGAGGUUGCUCGAGCCCUGCUGCAUGCAGGGUUCAACCUUGAGCGGCAGGCUUUUGAUCCCAUGGUCAGGGCCUUCGACCCUAGCAGGUCUUCAUCGCUCGACCUGGCUGGCUACAUUGGCCUCAGCCUGUUUCUGAAGAGCGUGACUGCCACCUGGGCGGCAUUCGACCCGGAGAAAACUGGCAGGAUAAGUCUGGACUUCAAUCAGUUCUUGUAUGCAGCAGCAAAUGUGAUUUGA